AUUAAUUUAUGGAUCAAAACUUAGAAUAAGACAGAGAUUGGGAUGAUUUAAAAGGAAUACUAGAAGAUGACAUCAUAAAUAAAUUCAAAGAAGUAGGACCAAAAGUUUAUGCUCAUUAAUAUGAAUUCAUAAAUUAUUGUUUAGGUUAGGAGAUCAAUUAAUAAUCUCCUAUUGUUGCACUUAGAAGUUAAACAGGAAGUGGAAAGACUCUGUGCUUUUAAUCUCUCAUUUAUUAAGAAUUUAAAGAGAAACAUCAAAAAAUUAGUGAAUAAAAAUAAAUCAAGCAGAAAGACAAUACUAUGAAAGAAGUUAGAAUGUUAUAUCCUUAUACAAUUGUUUUGGGAUAGACUAUUUACUUGAAAUAACAUGAAGAGUUUUUUAGGAGGCAUUUGCCUGAGAGAUUGAAGAAUUAAAAUUUAAAAUUUUAAACUUUUUUUGCAUUAACAAAAGAUAAUGUAUAAUAUUUAUUGUUAAUUUUUUAUAGCAAUUUUAAUAAGUAAAAGAGAAUCGAAUAGAAGAAGCUGAUUGUCAAGUCUAUCUAUGUCAUCCUAGUAAAAUGUUAGCUGGAUUAAAGAAUCGUAUCAUAAAUGUUUCAAAUCUUAGAUAUUUAAUCAUUGAUGAAGCAGAUUAAUUAUUAGAAAAGAAUGAAUAAAAUUAAGCCAGAAUUGAAACUAUGCAAUUAAUCUAGUUUAUUUUAGGAUAAACUAAUAAUUAAAAUUAUUAAAUCAUUUUUGUAAGUGCCAGUUUGAAACCAGAAGAUAUUUAAGUCUUUAUUAAGGAUUGUGUUUAAAAUAAUGUAGAUUAAAACAAGAAAGUCGAUUCUAGAUUCUUGCAUAAAGAUGAAGAUGAUAUCUAAGAAAUUUUUUGUAAUAUUAAAGUCAUUCCAUCUAUUCAAUAAUAAAUAUCUCCAUAUACAAUUGUUCAUAUGUAUAAAGAAGCUUUAAAAUAACCAGAAUAGAUUUUAGCUGAUUUAUUGAAGGAUGUUUUUGAUAAAUUUACAGAAGCAUAAGUCAUGAUAUUCUUUAAUAAAAAAACAAUUGUAAAUGAAUUAGUUAAUUUAUUUAAAUAAUCACCAAAAUUGGAAUAUAUAGUUAAAAAUAAUUGGAUUGGGGAAUGUACAGGAGAUACUAAUUAAAUGGAUAGAGAAACAGUAAGAAAAGAGUUUAAAGAUGGAAAAAAGAAGAUUCUUUUAUGUACAGAUGUAUUAUAAAGAGGAAUGGAUUUUAGAAAAGUAAGAGUUAUCAUUCAUUAUGGAUUACCAAUUACUCCAGCAGGAGAAUUUAAAGAAGAGAGGUAAUAUUAUGAUAAAAAUAAAUUUAGUUAUUAUUAAAGAUCAGGAAGAACAGGAAGAGCUAAAGAUGAAGGAGUAGUUGUUUCUUUGUUAUUAGAUGAUGAUCUAAAAUAAAAAAGAUAAGAAAAAUUAUAUGAAAGUCUUCUUAAAAAUAAUUCAAAAAUAGAACAGUAUGAUUAGAAGAAAUUCUGUAAUGAUUUGGCUAAAUUAUUGAAUUUCAAUAAAGAGUGA